UUCAUUACUGUGUAGUUACUUACACUUGUUUUUCGUAAUUCUUUUUUGUGAUAUGGCAGCACUUUGAAAUUUGUUUCUACGAAAUUUCAUAUCAAAACUUCAUUCUUGGCUUAACUUUCAGCAUUUACAUUUAAGUGCUAUUUGUAAUUGGCAAAUAUGCCGUGUGAAUGCAUAUUUUAUCAUAAUCACGGGUUCGAAGUUAAAUUUUGUUGGGUGUAUAGACUAAUACCUUUCAUUUCUUGAAAAUGGAAAGAGGACGCAAACAAUAUUUCAAAUCAAAACGUAUGCGAGUGAGUGAAGCAUAUAAGUGGGGAGAUGCGCAGGUGUUGGAGUUGCUAAACCUAAUAGUAGAUGCAAUUGGGGAUGCACCGAAGGGCUUCGAAAAACCGACCGCUCAGACUUUUUAUUUAAAAAUUAUGAGCCACAGCAAAACUUUUGAUGGGCUAAAUUUUCUUGUAUUAAAGAACAAAAUGCGCCACUUGAAAUCUGGUUAUAUUUCUGCUAUAGAGUGGAAAAAAACGACGGGUGCUAACCUUUUAGCCACUGAAUUUGAAACACAAGUAACAGAUUAUAUCUCAACAAUUUGCCCUAGAUUUGAUCUUCUUCAUAAGAUUUAUGGCGGCGCAAUAAAUACAAACGUUGCUGUAAUUAAAUCUGAGCCAUCAUUCCACGAUCCUAAACAUUCACCAACCCUGCUAUCCGAAGCCGGUGUUCUGAGUAUAAUUGGUGACGAUGAAAACACUUAUGGAGACACUCAAGUAACUUCUCAGCUAUCAAGAUCAAAUACAAUAAGCCAUAGGUCUGCAUCGCCAGAAAGUGGUGUAUGCUCUUCAAAAAUUACAUUUCGUCAAUUAAGGAACGAUAUGGAAGAAAAAAAACUGCAGUUCCAAGCGCAAAAUGCGGAACUGGAUCGGGCACAUGCAAUCCGUUUGAAAGAAAUGGAAUUGCAGGCUCACAAAGAAUUAGAUAUAAAAAAACACGAAAUGACUCUUAGACAUCAAUUGGAAGUCAAACUUAAAGAGUUUGAGUUAAAGAAGUACGAAUUAAACCUUAAAUAUAAUAUACAAAACAUUUUAAACACUAAGCAAUCAAAUUUGUAA